AUGGCCGCCGCACCGCCUUCGAGCAUACGCAUCUUGUCCCUCAAUUGCUGGGGGCUCAAGUUCAUCUCCAAGCUCCGCAAUGAGCGUCUUACCGAAAUUGGUAUCCAGAUCGCCGCCGCCAAUCCGCAACCCGACAUUGUAGGACUCCAGGAGUGCUGGACGCAGCAAGAUUACCAUGCCAUUCGGGAGAAGACACGCCAUAUCCUGCCUUAUGGCAAGUUUUACCACAGCGGAAUCUUCGGCGGUGGUUUGGUCAUUCUGUCACGAUGGCCCAUUGUCGAGAGCAACAUGGUGCGCUAUCCAUUGAACGGACGGCCUGCUGCCUUCUAUCGUGGAGAUUGGUUUGUUGGUAAGGGCGUUGCAUGUGCGAGGAUACAGAUGGGUCCUUCCAAGAGAGAUAUUGCAGAGGUGUUUUGUACACAUCUCCACGCCCCCUAUGAACGCGAACCCCACGAUUCCUACAUCUGCCAUCGAACAGCCCAAGCCUGGGAAAUUACAAAACUCAUGCGCGCAGCCGCCGAGCGCGGCCACCUCGUCAUCGGCAUGGGUGACUUCAACAUGAUUCCCUUGUCCCUCGCACACCGUAUCAUAGAGACACACUCGCCCGUCCAAGAUGUGUGGCGCAUACUGCAUCCCGAUUCUUCCAUCGGCGCAGCUAAAGACAAGGUGGAACAGGUGCGCGGCGUGCCAAUGCCAUCGGCCCAGUACAACAUGACUGUCAAUGGCGCAACAUGCGACAGUGAGCUGAACUCUUGGAGAUGGAACAAAGCGCAGCAAAGACGUCUCACAAAAGGCGAGAACGUCCAGAUAGAUCCCACGGUCCCAGAUCCAAACGCGAAACGACUUGACUAUGUCUUCUUUAGUAGCGGCCGGUACCACAAUCCAGAGACAAAGGAAGAAACAGCUGAGUGGACGCUCAAAGAAGCAAACGUGGGUAUGGACAUGCGUCAUCCCACGCUACACUGCUCCCUCAGCGACCACUUCUCCGUCGAGGCGACAUUGACAAGAACUUCUACUGCACCAUCAGCCAUACGACUAUCCCCAUGGGCACUGCCUGAACGCUAUCUGCCCAUCGAGACCUACGACGAGAUCAUUGCAACCAUACUCAAGUACCAGGUCCGAGAGAGGAUACAGCGCAAGCUGCGCAUAGGCCACUUCUUCUACCAGCUCUCCUUCUCCAUUGGCUGUCUAAUAGGUGUCUGGUGGUCACCCAAGAAUUACGUGUCCUUCAUACUCAUGUUGUUGAGCACACUAGGAUUCAGUGUGGGUGUAAUCGAUGGACUGAUGGGGUUGUUGUUUGUUGGUAGCGAGAUGAGGGCACUCAAGGAAUUCGAGUGGGAGGUCCGUAAUACCAGGGAGCGGGCGCUCGCAAAGAACGAGAGUCUCGUAUACGACACCACAACCGUCCAACGUACGGCUCGGAAGUCCGCUGCCCUCGAUAUGAGCGACUCCCAGCCACAACAGGCCAGCGGCGGCCAGCAGCAAGGUCAACAGCUGCUACGCCCUGAUGAUAUACUCAAGCUGCAAUGUCUUCCCGAAGACGAGAAGCAGAAGUAUCGCUUGAUCAUGCAGAACUUCUGGACCAUCUUCAACAACAACCCGCAAGGCAGCCAGGAGAAUACAAACGCGCGUCAGAAGCUGACAGAAUGGUCACAAAAGUUCAUCGGACGCGAACGUCAAUAUCGCGCCAAGAUGAAGCAACAGCAGCAACAGGGAAACCAAAACCAAGGACAAGCUGGACAGUCUAGUGCAGCUGGCCAGCAGAAUGCCAACGCUGUCAAGCAAGAAGGAGGUCAGGCUCAACCCCAAGGUUCUGGGGCACCAGCCAACCAGCAAUCUCAAGGACAACAGCAGCCCAACCAAGGACAGAAUCCAGGGCGCGGCCAAGUCGAUCCUGCCAUCGUCAAGCAUGUUCACGACUUCCCCAUGCAAGGACCAACAAACGGACCUACGCCAGGCACACCCGAGUACGAGAACAAACUGAAGGAGUAUCGGACUGGUUAUCUCAACAUGCUUGCCAAACAAGCGACGUUAACUGAGCAGCGACGGAGGAUUAUCCAAGAGUUGACCGAACGGCAGAACAACGGACAGGAGCUACCUCAGGAGCGGCUUUUGAUGAAGAACAACAUCGAGAAGGAGGCUGCUAAGAUUAAGGCUCAAAUUGAUAAGUUUAGGGCUAUGCAAAAGCAGUGGAAGGAGGAGCGCGAACAGAAUUCCCAAGGCCAGGCACAAGCUCAAGGCCAGAACCCAGCGCAAUCACCUCCGCAGCAACAACCACAACAACAGCAGCAGCAGCAGCAACCACCGCAGCAACAGCCACAACCGCCUCAGCGCCAGCCUUCACAGCCCAAUAUGCCUGCGCAACCCCAGGUGAAAGAGGAGCCCCAGAUCAAGAUCGAGGGCGGGCAGGCACCACAACCACAACCGCAAACUCAGUCCCAACCUCAGCCGCAAUUCAACAUGCAGGCCAAUCAAGGAAACCUUCAGCAAGGACCGCCGCAGCAGCAACAGAUGCAACACAACCAGCAGCUUCCUCAACAGCAACAAAUGCAGCAGCAACAACAGCAGCAGCAGCAGGCUCGACCUCCGCCAGCACCUCACUCGCAGACGAUGCCACCAAAUCAGAUGCCGCAGUUUUCGCAACAAGGACAACAGCAACAGAAUUUCCACCAGCAGCAGCAACAACAACAGCGACCCCAGAUUAACCCUAUGCAAGCGAAUGCACACCAGCAGAGCAACUCACCACACCCACAGUCCGCCGCGUCCAACGCGCCUGGUCCGCCAGUUCCUCUCUCGCACCAAGCCGCAGUCAGCGCCGCGAACCGGUCCUACACCGACCCUCAACGCACAAACACGCCCAUGCAACAGGGCGGACAGGGUGGUAACUUUGGAAGUCGCGAGCGCGAGCAGCUCAACAACCCAAAGAUGCCAAUCCCACGCCAUCUUAAUGUGACUUCACCUCAAGCCGUCCACAUGGGACAAGCUCGACCUACCAUGAGCGGACCCACAAACGGAGCGCCAGGCCCAAUGGGUCAACCUGUUAUCCCACGACCACCCCCAUUCCAGCUCGAAGGUGAGGGCGACCGCGUGCUUAGUAAACGCAAGCUGGACGAGCUUGUUCGGCAGGUAACAGGCGGAUCCGAGGAGGCAUUGACACCAGAGGUAGAAGAGGCUGUUCUUCAACUCGCAGAUGACUUUGUCGACAACGUCAUUAGCAACGCUUGCAAACUGUCCAAGCUUCGCGAUUCACCUCAGCUCGACAUUCGCGACAUCCAAGUCAUACUUGAGCGCAAUUACAACAUUCGCAUUCCUGGCUACGCAUCUGAUGAAGUCAGAACUGUGCGCAAGAUUGUUCCUGCGCAAGGCUGGGCAAACAAGAUGAGCGCUGUCAACGCGGCGAAGGUCAUGGGUGGGAAAGCGGACUUCUAG